CAGCUGUGUUUGUAGUAAAUAAAAGGUUAGUUAAGUACAUAGAAUAACGAAAUUUGAAAGGGCAAAAUGUCUAAAAUAAUUUUCAACGCAAUUAGAAACUCACGUAAUAUAAACAAAUUGGCGUAUGGAAAUUUUAUCCAACAAAGGAGUUUAAUGCAGAAUAUUGGGAUCCUGAUGGGGGCACAAGGCAAUGGCAAACUUUUGGAAACUAGCAACACGGUUUUUCGGCAUAUGUUCCCUCAACAACAACGUACAAUGUUCAUACAGACGCAGGACACACCGAAUCCAGAUAGUUUAAAAUUUCUUCCUGGCAUUGAGGUUCUAGGCAAAGGAAACACUUAUGAUUUCCCAGCUGUAUCGGCAGCUUAUUGCAGUCCAUUAGCUAAACUUUUAUUUCGUAUAGAAGGUGUGCGAUCUGUGUUCUUUGGUAGUGAUUUUAUAACCAUUUCCAAAGAAGAGGAAGCUGAAUGGGGUAUUAUAAAACCUGAGGUGUUUGCUGUUAUCAUGGACUUCUUUUCCAGUGGGUUACCCAUAUUGAAUGAGGCAAAACCAAAUACCGACACACAAAUUAACGAUGAUGAUGAUGACACAGUUAUGAUGAUCAAAGAGCUGUUGGAUAGUCGAAUUAGACCAACGGUCCAAGAAGACGGUGGAGAUAUAAUAUUCAUGGGCUUCGAGAAUGGCAUUGUGAAAUUAAAAAUGCAAGGUUCUUGUUCUUCGUGUCCAAGCUCGAUUGUCACUCUCAAAAAUGGAGUCGAAAAUAUGUUACAAUUUUAUAUACCAGAGGUAAAAGGUGUGGAACAAGUUUUCGACGCUGUGGAUAAAGUUCCUAUCACUUAGAUCUAUUCUCGUACCUUGUAUUCUAUGGUUUUUGUCGUCAGUUGAAAUAGGUGCUUGACGUUCAUUCAUCUUUCUAUGUUGUAAUUGAUUUGUGUUUCUCCGUAUUUGUUUUUUUACGAGUUACUUUUUCUCUCUCUCACUUUGUUUUAUUUACAUGUUUUUUGGUAUGCGUCGUCGGAGCCAUGCCAUUGACUGAUUGCCGAGACGUUAUGGGAUAUGUUCAGUGAGGUAGCAUAUGACAGAACAGUGGGUUAAUUAUUGUAUUCCGAUAUAAAAAAAUUUUAAAGAAAAAAUUAUUAAAAUACAAUUGCAAAUCGCACAUAGAAAUAUAUGGCAGACUUCACUCGUAAAAAUAAAACUGUAAAACAGCAAAGUCUACUUAA